UUUAUUGCUUUCCAAAUAUAGAAUUUACUUCAAUUUCAGUUUUUGCUUUAGGGUUUUGCUUUAUGGUGAUGUUAUAGUUUCUUGGUUAAAAUAAAGAAACAGCAUAUGCUGUGUUAUUUGCUUUCAUUUUCAGCUGCUUGUGAACCUUGCCUUUUUCUUUUUGAUCUAAGCUACCUCUGCCUCUCUUGCUGUUCUCAACAAGCGAACUAUGGGAGAGCAGUUGGGAUUGCUAAAGGUGACUGUUGUACAAGGGAAAAAAUUGGUUAUCCGGGAUUUCAAGAGCAGUGAUCCUUAUGUGGUGGUCAAGCUAGGAAGUCAGACAUCAAAGACCAAAGUUAUAAAUAGUUGCCUUAAUCCAGUCUGGAAUGAAGAGCUAAGCUUCUCCCUCACAGAACCUAUUGGAGCUCUAAGUUUGGAAGUAUUUGAUAAAGACCGUUUCAAGGCAGAUGACAAGAUGGGGCAUGCUCACCUCAGCCUUCAACCAAUUGCCUCUGCUGCUAGGUUGAAGCAGAUUCUGCAAGUUUGUUCUGGUGAGACUAUUUUAAGAAAGGUAGUUCCAGACUCAGACAACUGUCUUGCCAGGGAAAGCUCGAUUAGUUGUAUUGAUGGUGAGGUGGUGCAGAGCGUAUGGUUGAGGCUCUGUGCAGUUGAGUCUGGGGAGAUAGAACUAAAGAUUAAGUUGAUUGAUGCUCCUGUUGCCUCUUCAAGGUAGUUCAGAGCUUAGAAUUGUGCGAUGAGUAGACUUCCGACAAUGGUAGUCGGUGGUAGAUGUAUCGGUAGGCUACCUUGUACACCUCUAAUUGUAUCAAAUAGAUUUUCAAAGUAAGGUAUUAAAAUUAGUAAAGAUUUCAGCUGGCUCAUGCAAGACCAAGCUUCUUUUGUCUGGGUGUGCUCGAGUGCAAUUAUGUCUGCUUUUGAAAUUGUUAUCAAGUUUGAGGAGAUUUUUAACUCUUAAAUGUGAAUGUGAUUCUAGUUUAAAGAUUGCAUGUGAUUUGGCAGUAAUAUGCAAAAUCAUUUUGCUUUGUAAGAAAGAAAAGAAAUUCUUUUUGGGACAUCUGAUGUCAUCAAAUGUUGUUGCAAUGUGAAUAUAUGCUUGUUUGCUUAUGCAUGCUGUUUAAUCAGAUGAUUCAGCCAUGUUCAUUUCUGAUUUGAAUUACGUUCAUUUCUGCCAUGUUAGGAGGACAGAGAAUAGAGAGGCACAUAACUUAGCUAGUCAAGUAGUCCAUGACGCUUCCUUUUUGUUUUACUCUCUCUGUCGGUUGAGCUAUGUGCUGUCUAUUUGGCCUAUUAAGGCUUUCAAUGUAUUGAUAUCUUUGAGGAGAAAAAAAAAUUCAGAUGAUUCAGCAGCCACGUGUUCAAGUGUAAUCAAGUUUUCAAAGUUUGUACAAUAGUCCAAUGAGAAUAAUCUGAUGUCAUCAUUGUUGUUUGUUGGAAAAUUUUAUUUAGACUUAGGCUUCGAUUGAUUUA